AACAGCAGUCAUGGAAACUUUACUGCGUUAUCCGGGCAAGGUGGUGAUUUUGACUGGCGGCACCUCAGGCAUCGGUCUGGCCACUGUGAAAGAAUUUGUUCACCAGGGAGCCAAUGUGGUCUUCUGUUCCAAAGCAUCUGAAGCGCAAAAGGGACAAGAGAUUCAGAGGGAGCUGCAGGUUUCUGGGUGCCCAGGGGAGGCUUGCUUCCAGGUCUGUGAUGUUCGCAAGGAGUCAGACAUCAAGAGGUUGAUUCGGGUCACUCUAGAACGCUACGGAUGCCUGGACUGUCUGGUGAACAACGCUGCAGAUGCAUAUAGAGAAUCGAUAGAUGACAUGGCUGCCCAAGACUUCAAAAACAUCAUGGAAGUCAAUGUUGUGAGCUGUCUGUUAUUAUCCAAGUAUGCACUGCCCUACUUACGGCAAACGAAAGGAAACAUCAUUAACGUGGGGAGCAUUGUAGGUACUAUUGGGAUGAAGGAUUUUCUGUCAGCGACUGUGAGCAAGGGUGCUGUGAUUGCAAUGACGAAAGCCCUGGCCAUCGACGAGAGCAAAUAUGGAGUACGAGUCAACUGCAUCUCACCAGGUAAUACCUGGACUCCUUUGUGGGAAAGCAAAGCAAACUGUUUUAAGAAUCCAAAGGCCGUAAUCCAGGAAGGCGAAAGUUUUCAGCUACUGGGACGCUUGGGGACCCCAGAAGAGGUGGCGUUGGGUAUUCUGUUCCUUGCCACUGAUGCAACUUUCUGCACUGGUCUGGACCUUCUGAUUACUGGUGGAGCUGAAAUUGGCUUUGGAAUAAAGUAUCCGAUGGGUCCUGACACUUCCCCAAGUGAUCUUCAAAAUAUGAAGGACCCUCCUCCUGCAGUCAGGAGACCCACAAAGACAGGUGGGGAUAAGAGCUAA